AUGGAAACAAUAAAUGAUAUUGCAAGUGUAUUUACUUCUAUCUGUUAUGUUUUCGUCAUUACCUACGUAGCUACUUUUGUUAUAAUUAUUAUGCACACGUCUUUGGAAGGAAAAUUUGUGUUUUAUCCUUCAUUAGUCGUAUUAGUUGUCUCUUUGAUCACAUUUUCUGCAACUGCUUCGAUGAUAUGUACAUCGGCUAGGAAAUGUCUGGAAGAGACUAGGUACUUUGACUCUCUGAAUUUGCCAUUCAUCGAUAAAAUGCGGGAAACUGCGAAAGAAUUUCAAGACUUUACAGAUCUUAUCGGUCCAUUUGGAAAAUGGCAGAAGAUUUUAAUCGGGAUAAUGGCGUGGUCUCUUAUUGUUUCGGCAUUGAACAAUUUAAAUUGGCCCUUCUUGGCAUAUAAAGUAGAUUAUUGGUGCGCGAGAACACCAAAAUACAUGAACGUUUCUGUGGAAGACUGGAAAAAUAUCAGCUUACCCCUGGAGAUUAGAAACGGGAGAAAAACGCAUAGUCGAUGCGAAGUAUACGAUAUUGACGAUGCGAAAUACGGAAAGAACUUUUCAAAGAUUCCUUGUCGUUCGUGGGAAUACGAUCAUUCACAAUAUAAAAACAGUGUCAUUGAAAAGUGGAAUUUAGUUUGCGAAAGUUCUUGGUUGAGUUCUCUCGCUGGAUCUUCUUACUUCGUGGGAUUCUUCGUAUCUGGUAUUCUAUCCGGCCAGAUAUCGGAUAGAUAUGGCAGAAGACCAGUGAUAAUAUCGGGACUCGUACUUCAUAUAACCUUUGGAAUUCUGUGUUCAUUUUCUCCAUACUACUGGUUGUUUACAGUAUCUCGUUUCUUCUUGUCUGCAGGAAUUACUUUCUUUCAUCUGACGUUCUAUGUAUAUGGUAAGACACAAAUUCAAUUCUUACAGUUAAUAGAAAGAUAA